GGUCGCAUCCAUUUUGAGGUCGGUAAAUUAAUUUACACAAGCAGCGAGCAACCCGACUCGAUUACCAUUUCCAAGCCAAGGGCUCAGCGCGAUAUCCAAGGAUGAUUAACGUCGCGGGCUUCGUGAGCAUUGCGCUCUUCUAUGGCCUUAUCCUAGUGGUGGGCAUUUGGGCUGGUCGCAAGAAGCAAUCGGGCAAUGAUUCCGAGGAGGAGGUGAUGCUCGCAGGACGCUCCAUUGGCCUGUUCGUGGGCAUCUUCACCAUGACGGCCACCUGGGUGGGUGGCGGCUAUAUCAAUGGCACCGCGGAGGCCAUCUACACAUCGGGUCUGGUGUGGUGCCAGGCGCCCUUUGGCUAUGCUCUCAGCUUGGUUUUCGGUGGCAUCUUCUUUGCCAAUCCCAUGCGCAAGCAGGGCUACGUCACCAUGCUGGAUCCUCUGCAGGACUCGUUUGGGGAGCGCAUGGGCGGACUGCUCUUUCUGCCCGCUCUCUGCGGCGAGGUCUUCUGGGCAGCUGGCAUUUUGGCUGCUCUGGGCGCCACUCUGUCGGUCAUCAUUGACAUGGAUCAUCGCACUUCGGUCAUUCUGUCCUCCUGCAUUGCCAUUUUCUACACACUCUUCGGUGGAUUGUAUUCCGUUGCCUACACGGAUGUCAUACAGCUCUUCUGCAUCUUCAUUGGCCUGUGGAUGUGCAUCCCUUUCGCCUGGACCAACGAGCAUGUGGGCAGCCUGAGCGACCUGGAGGUGGACUGGAUAGGGCAUGUGGAGCCGAAAAAGCAUUGGCUCUACAUAGACUACGGGCUGCUGCUGGUCUUUGGUGGCAUUCCCUGGCAGGUUUACUUCCAGCGAGUGCUCUCCAGCAAGACAGCGGGCCGGGCUCAGCUGCUGUCCUACGUGGCUGCUGCUGGCUGCAUUCUGAUGGCCAUUCCACCAGUUCUCAUUGGUGCCAUUGCCAAGGCCACACCUUGGAAUGAGACUGACUACAAGGGUCCCUAUCCCCUGACUGUGGAUGAGACGAGCAUGAUCCUGCCCAUGGUGCUGCAGUAUCUGACGCCCGAUUUUGUCUCCUUCUUUGGCCUGGGCGCCGUCUCUGCCGCUGUCAUGUCCUCUGCGGACUCCUCCGUGCUGUCUGCCGCCUCGAUGUUUGCACGCAACGUUUACAAAUUGAUUUUCCGUCAGAAGGCAUCCGAGAUGGAAAUCAUUUGGGUAAUGCGCGUGGCCAUCAUUGUCGUUGGCAUUCUGGCCACCAUAAUGGCACUCACAAUUCCCUCCAUCUAUGGCCUGUGGUCCAUGUGCUCGGAUCUGGUGUACGUCAUUCUGUUCCCCCAGCUGCUGAUGGUGGUGCACUUUAAGAAGCAUUGCAACACAUACGGCAGCCUGUCCGCCUACAUUGUGGCACUGCUUAUCCGCCUGUCGGGUGGCGAGGCCAUGCUGGGCCUGCCCGCGCUCAUCAAGUAUCCCGGCUACGAUGAGGAGACGCAGGAGCAAAUGUUCCCCUUCCGCACAAUGGCCAUGCUGCUCAGCCUCAUCACACUCAUCUCUGUCUCCUGGUGGACCAAAAUGAUGUUCGAGUCGGGCAAGUUGCCGCCCAGCUACGAUUAUUUCCGUUGCGUGGUCAACAUACCCGAGGAUGUGGUGCGCGUGGGCGAUCCCGCAGAGUCCGGCGAGCAGCUGUCGGUGAUGGCUGGUCCUUUGGCACGUUCCUAUGGCGCUGCCACCAUGGCGGGCAAGGAUGAGCGCAAUGGACGCAUCAAUCCUGCCCUGGAGUCCGACGACGAUCUACCCGUGGCAGAGGCGCGACGCCUCAACCAGCAGACGGCCCAAGCGCAAGUCAAGAAGAUGCUGGACACGGCCACAGGCAGCGGUGGCGGACAGUUGAGUCAGUCCGGCAUGGGCAUGGCCAUGCCUACGCCAGAGCAGGACAACACGGCUUUCUGAGUGCAGUGGGAUUAAGGGAAGGAGUAAAUGUGAGGUCCGGGAGCCUGCAAGUAUGCUACACUUUUCCCCCAUUGAGUUUCUCCAUUUUUAGUUGCGCUUGUUAGGGAUCGAUAGGAAUUGGCUGGUACAGAAAGUAUUUAAACACACAAGUGCUCAGGGUAUAAAAAGUGCAGAAAGCUGAACCUAAAACUUAAAUAUCAUUUAGCAAAACAUUUAUAA